UCCUAUGGGAAUUCCAUGGAUGGAUCCCACCAUUAUGCCAUUCCAGAGCCCCCUGAUGUCCACGUGUCCGGGAAAGAGGAACACGGGAUCCUGACAUUGUCCUGCCACGCCUACGGAUUCUACCCCGGGAUCAUCGGGAUCAACUGGAUGAAGGGGGAUGAAAUCCGGGAUCAGGAGACGGAGUGGGGCGGGAUCGUUCCCAACAGCGACGGCACCUUCCACAGCUGGGCCAGGAUCGAGGCGCUGCCGGAGGAGCGGGAGCAGUACCGGUGCCGGGUGGAGCACGCUGGAAUGCCGGAGCCCGGGAUCUUCGCCUGGGAGCCGGAAUCCAUCUGGAAUUCCACCCUGGUGUUGGUCGCUGUGUCCGUCAUCGCUGCCAUCAUCGUCAUCAUCGGCCUCAUCGCAGUCGGUGUCUGGAAGCUCCAAGCCGGGAAGAGGGAGGGCAAUGGAUACGACCCCGCACCCACCAAAAUCACGGCCUAAGUGAUCAUGCAGCUGGAUCCGCCCCUUCCCUCUCCCUGCGGAAAGGCAGGAGCUGCUGGCAGAGCUCAUCCCGCUGCUCCCACCCAACCCGGCCCCCCUGCGGCUCUUCCUGAUGAAUCAACUUCCUGCUUUUCCAUGUGUGAAACCCAGGAGCACAAUUAUUACUGAGGCUUUAAUUGUGGUGUGAAAAUCUGCUGCUUUGGGCAAUAAAUCCUGGUUCCCUC